AACAAAAGCUUAGGAGACAGAAGCAUUCUCCCCUCCAGAGAAUCUCUGCACUGUCAGAUAACCUCUCUUCCUCCCUCUCUCUCUCUCUCUCUCUCUCUCUUUCUCUCUCUCUACAAAAAUCCAACCCAAACCUUCAAUCUGCUCAAAACCCAACUCAUGGAGAUCCCAGAAAAGCUUCUCAAGUUCAAGUUCCACUUCCUCUUUGCACUCAUUUUGUGCCUUACCCUUUACACGAUAACCCUCAUAGCACCCAGAUUUCUGACCAUUUUGGCUUACUUUUGGCCUCUCUUCCUCUCCACCGCUCUCUUUCUCUUCGCUGUUGUUGUCUUCGGGAAGACCACGUUACCGGUUACCGAGGCUUCCGGUGAAGGCCUCCUGGAUUAUGUCGCCGGGCAACCGGAACAUGUCGUAGAAAGUUACAAGUCCGCGGAGCAGAGCCAGAGUUGAGGAAAAAGAUCAGAAAUUUUAUUUUUUUUCUCUGUAAUUUCUAACUUUUUCCUUUUUGCUUGUUUUUUUUUUCUCUUCCUUUUGGGUUGUAGUUGACAAAUAGUUGACGGUAAAUUCUGGGAAGAAUAAUGUCCUUAAUUGACAUAUGGGUCCCUUUCAUUUUGGCUUU